GUCAAAGUCAAACCAUUUAAUGUUAAUAUUUUUGUAUUGUUAUAUGAUUCUAAUUUAAAUAUUUUCCAUUAGUUCUAAAGAAUAGUAGAACAUUAAACAAUAGGACUGACUAACAUGACUAUUAUUUGAUCUCAAAUGGAGGAAUCGUCAGACACUUUGGACUUAUCAAACAAAAAAAUUAAGAAACUGAAUAAACCCACACAAGUCGAAUCUCAGGCUAUCAAUCUAAUUCUAGACGACAAUGAACUGCAACGUUUGGAUAACAUUGACUCUUUCACUAAACUUCUAAAGCUAUCAGCAGUUCGUAAUCAACUAUUACGAAUGUAUGGUGUUUGCCGACUUCAUUCUCUUCACACAUUAAAUCUCUCACAUAAUGGGAUUCUCACAAUUGAGGGUUUGAAAGAAUUAGUUAGCUUGAAAUGGUUGUGCUUGGCUGGUAAUAGUAUCAAGUAUAUUAUUUUUCAUUUACAUGUUUGGAGGAAAUUUUUGUUUUAUAUAAUCAAUAUACAAAUUUGCUUGAACGUAACAUUGGUAUUUUUUUCACCUAUAAUAAGUUUUAACAAACAUAGCUAUCUUACUUAUGUUGUUACUACAAUGCUUCAUGUUUUUUUGUGGUCAGUCUGCUUUUCCUUAACAUGUUCCAGAGGUUUUGAUUACCGUCCAUUCAUUGUUAACUGGUGCUUGAAUGUAAAUGUAAUUGAUGAUUACGUUGUUGAUGCAAUUGAAAGCCUGAGAGCUGAAUGGUUAUAUUCUCAAGGUAGAGGAAGGCAUUACAGAGUCGGCGAUCAGAAAGAACUCGUCCAGUAUUUGGCAACAGUCUGUCCCCUUACUGGUGAAACCUUGGAAACAGAAGAAGACAGGAAGUUGAGGUUGAUCUUGAGUAAAGCACAACACCAUCAACAGCAGUUGAGGGAGCAAUCUUCUACUAAUGUUACUCCAAACCCUUCUCCAAUGUUAAGGAAGAAAAUACCGUCCAACAAGCAUUCUCCAAGGAUAAGUUCUUCACGGUUGAGCAAUCGUUUAAAGUCACCAGAUAGAAUGUCAUCAAGUUGUUACAGUAAUAUUAGUGACUCAAGUUGUAACUCAGUUAUGACUCAAAGCUUAGAUCCAAGUAUUCUGAGACAAAGUGUUGCAUCUAAAACAAGCAACGAGUCUAAUUACAUCAUUUCAGAGAAAUGUUUGGAUUCAGAGCCAAUUAAUAGCCCCCUUCAAGCACUGUCAAAAAUGGUCCCCGUACCCGAAUCUCUCAUGAGUCCCGACUACAGACCAACCCCAAUCAGCGGAAAAAACUCUUCAGUUUUGUCAAAUCUCAUGAUACAAUCUGUAAAUAAUGACAAGCUACCAAAAAUGACACAAUCCAUCAGAUCUCCGAAAUCGAUUAGAAGCACCCCAGGCAGACCCAGAAAUCAUGUCAACUCUGAUUUGAGGAAAGGUGGAUCUCCGUCUCCUGCAAGACAGAGGAAGAUGACUAAUAAUUGUGUGAUGUCAAAUAAGGUUGAACCCAACAAAAGGACGUCUAUUUUGAGAAACAGAUCACCAAGCAGCGAAGAAGAAUCAGAAAUACGAGAUGCUAAGUUGCAGACGAUUCAGAUGAAAGUAGAGGAGAGAAGAUUACAGAAAGAGGAGGAGAUUGCUAGUAACGGAAGUUGCGAGGAUAAAGUGGAGCAAGCAGCUGUUUGCAUACAAAAAAUGUGGCGAGGUUUCUAUACACGAAACAGAAAUAAGGAAGUCCAAGAGAUGUUCAAGGAAUUACAAAGCCAAAGAGCCAAUCAGUAUAUUCAGAAGCUUGCCACUGAUAUGGAGACCACGAAAGCUGCUCUAGAAAGUGAGAGGAAAAUACAGAUGUUGCAGACCGAAGCCAUUAGUGCACUUUGGAAGAAAAUUUCAAAUCUUCAACCAUCCGAAGGAGAAACCAGCUCAACAUCAAAUUUGAAUAUGACAAAUUUAUCCAUAAAUAAUGCUGAGGUUGUGAAAGAAUUGUCUCAAACAUGUACGAUGCUGCAAUCUCAGAUUCAGCAAUUGCAAAAUUCGAUGCAGGACAUAGUGAAGGUAAUGACAGUUUUCAGUCAGAGCGCUGGCAUUAAUCAUCAACUGAAGGAAAACGGAAUUGCUACCCAAACUGAAAUCGUUGCAGUUCAUACCCCGCAGGGAGAUGCAGCCAAAAUAUUUCCUUUCCAAAAACACCAAACCCAAUUGAGGCCUUCAUCGUUACCUUUGCCCGUCCAUCAAAGAAAAAAAGACAAUUCGCAGAGUAACACCAGCAGUAAUGGAGCAGUCACUUCGGAGUUGCAUCAGUUCGCCGGCUCUCUUGUAGAUGGAGUCAUAAAAAUUGUUUCAGAAACCAGGGCAGACUAUUUGGGCCAUGACACAACUGAGAUAACCGUGACUGACACCGAUAAAAAAUGCGGUGAAACAGAAGCAAAGCCUGAUACUGAUUAAUUGCCUGGUUUGAAAGUGAGCUUGAAUAUUUUGCAGAUUUUGCUGAGAUUAGUAGUAUAGCAAACGAAAAUAUGUAGCAUUUGUGAGUUUCGUGUGGGGAAAUUAUUCGACAGUUUGGGAAGCACAAGUUUCAUCCUCCACAAAACUAAGUUUUGUUACAUUUAUGCAUUAUUGGCUGCAAGAAACGGGAUGCCCUUUUUUCAGGAGAAUUCUAGAAUGGAUGUAGAGAAAAACGCAAGUGUAUUUUAUUAUGAUUAGCGUCCCGAUUUUUUAUCUUCAUUACAUGAAUACUCAUUUUUCAUGAGUACAUCCCUGAAGUUUCAGAAGUUGAAGCCCACAUCAACCUGAAAUUCCAUAAAGCUUCUAACAAUAAUAACAUAGUAAUAUGAAAAAAUCAACUUGAAAAUUUAUCAAAGGCAUUUUAAUUAAAGGUUGUUACAGUAGUGUGAUGUAUGCCAAACACCACAAGUGAGAGUGGUCAAAAAGCAAAUCAUAUCCAUCGAAGAAAUCAUUGUUUAAAUAUUUAACUUGCUGAAGUUUCAGAAAUGCUAAGUAUAAAUAAGAAAAAAAUAUUUUCUGUAAAACCCCAUCAUUUCGCAUGUAUGUGAUGGAAGUGAUGUAUUCAUGAAAAUUGUUUGAAGCGUACAUUAGUUUAAGGAAAUUGUCUUUAGAAUAGGUAAAAUAAUUUUGUUGUGGAUAAUAGAAAGUAAAAGAAGAUUGCAUUUGUGAUUUUUUGGUUCGUAGAGUUGUCACAUAUUCAGAAUUAUAUUUCAGUAAUGAAGAAAGUGUCAAGAAGAUGUUUGAUUGCUCGGAAUUCAAGACUUGAGUGUAUGUUCACUCACAGUAUUCUAUUUAAUAUUCUAAUUUCAGACUGUGAUUAAUUUUGUGUCCGGUUCAAAGUACAAGAAGAAAAUUGUGAAGAUUUGAAAUGUAGUGGGUAGCACCAGGAUCACAACAAGUGGGUGUGUUUUGUGUAUUUUUUGAGCUCACAUUCAGUUUUGGGGGGCUAGAUAAUUGAUAUUUCUGUUAUUGUUCAUUAACCUCAUUUUUUGCCGUCCAAAGUUAACUGAGCUCUUUAUAUUAUAUAGUUUUAAGUUAUACAUCUGUGUUAUUAGCCUUAGCUUUUUUUACAUUUAAGGAGGGGUAAUCAUUUAUUUGCUGAAUUUUUCUCACUCUUAGUAUCUCAAAACGAACACGAGAUAUGAUAGACAUUAUUAGACAGUCUGUUCUGAAAUAUUUGAUUGGCAAACUUAAAAUGUAAAAGAUUUUAAUCAUGGCAGACUGAGACAACUCAAUUUUUUACCAUUUAUAUUAUGCAGUUUUUUACUUACACUUACAAGCUUCGGAAAUCACGCCGACACAAUGUCAGCAAUUAUGCAAGUGCAAAUUAUUGAGCUUUAAUAUAUGUUUAAACAGAA